AUGCCUCAUGUGCGAGCACUUGCAGAUGAAGACCAUAGUUUGGAUCUCUUGCCACACGACAGCUUAACCACACUGAAAAAAUUCAAAACAACCUUGAAGAAGAUUCUCUGGGAAGGUAUGGGAAACUGCACAGAUUCCAUGUUUGCUGAUCAUGAAGGGAAAUCCAUCCUGGAGUUCAAACAGAGCAACUUAACUGUUUUGUCCGCAAUAGACGAAGAUUCUCUGGACAAAUGGUUUGAGCUGCAUUUCACCUCUGGUGUAGUAGUGAAAGGGCGAUUGUGCGAGGAUCAUGUUAUUGCUGCAUUUUACAAUAAUGCACGCAUAUACGGUUCGCUUGGAAAGGAAUUGUGUAUUGCCCUAGAUAUAGCAUUGGCUGCUGGGGGCUGCGAGGCGGUGGUGGAGGGGUUUUACAGUGUCAUCGGUGCUCAUAAAACGAAUGGAGGGCAAAGCAACAAUGUUUUGGUAAAGCGAGCUAUUGUGGACUGGAGCUUGCCUAACCCUCUUUCAUGCCCGAAAACCAAUGGAAGAGAUAGGUCGGCUCUACACUGA